AUGGAUAUAAAUGAUCAUUCUUUACAGGAAAUUGAACAAGCCUCAAAAGAUAGGCGUGCAAAUAUACAGGAAAAGCUGGAGAAUGUGAACUAUACGCUCGACACGCGAAUGCAAGCAAUAGAAGACUCUUUGAAGAAGCAUGUGGUGGAAAGUGUGAAGUCUAUCGAUGAUAAAACACAGGAACAAAUGGAAGUCCUGAAGAACUUGUUACUCAACAAGUUAGAUGGUGUUCUACAGCAACAAAGUGAUCAAAGCAAAUUGAUCGAAGAAACGUCAAAAACUGAGCUCAAGAAAGUAGCAGAGAACAAAGAAUCACAAGACUUACUAACAAAUUCGGUACGCAAUAUAAGUGAACUUUCGGGAAAAAGCAAUAAGAUUCUUGCGGCGCACUUUAUAUACCCCGUCACCUCAUGUCGUCACGUAGCAAAUAUAACGGGCAAAUAUAUGAUCAGUACAGCGGAAAAUACCUUCCCAGUUUUUUGCGAACAAACAAAAUUCGCCGGUGGCUGGACGGUCAUCCAACAGAGGUUUGACGGGUCGGUCGAUUUUUAUAGAAACUGGACUGAAUACCGUAACGGAUUCGGGGAGCUUGAAGGUGAAUUCUGGCUCGGGCUCGAGAAAAUGCAUCAAAUGACGAGAGACAAACCGCACGAGCUAAUCGUUGAGUUGCAAGAUUUUCACGGUAACUACGCGUACGCUAGGUUCGGAUUAUUUGAGAUCGGCAGCGAAGCCGAGAUGUUCAUGUUGAAGAGAUUAGAGAUAUACUCAGGGAUAGCAGGACAUUCGUUGCAAGUCAGCUUGGAUCAGAGGUUUAGCACGUUCGAUCGUGACAAUGACCAAGAUAAUAACAACUGUGCGGAGGAUCGCCAAGGAGCCUGGUGGUACUUAUGGUGCGGUUACGCCAACUUGAACGGACUGUACAAGUACGCGGCGGAUGAUCGGAGUGCGAUGUCGUGGUACCACUUCAAACAUGACUGGCGUGGUAUGUCUUACUCGCGAAUGAUGAUUCGUGAGAUUGUGAAUUAA